AUGACUUUUGUUUGUUCGGCCUGUCGACAAACAAUAGUGAAUAAUUCUUUGAGGAAAAUUUGUGGAUCUUGUCAACAAAUCUUCUGUUCGAAUUGCGCCUAUCAACGUAUUGCUGUGCCGAAGUUAAGCUAUCAAAUGCAUGAAGUUUGUUCAGCAUGUUUUCAUUCCAUUAGUACACAAAUGAUGUUACAAAAGCCACCGAAAGGUUUCAUGCAACGGCUAGAACAACAACAGCCACCAACAGUGCAGAGAAGAAUACCAACGAAUGAACUUGACCCAGAAACGCGAGCAUUGGAAGAACGCCUUCAAAAACUUCGUAUGGCUUUUCCAUCAACGUCAUCAGCUGGAGUAGGUGCAAGUGCAAUACCUUCGUCAGUAGCUGAAACUCCUGAUGAUCUUCUUCAACAAAUGAAUGACGCAUUGGCUAUUGAACAGAAUGCAAAGAACCAAGAGAAGGAUCUAGAAGAGCGUAUGCGUAUUCUCCAUGCAACAUUACCACCGGCAACACCGGAUACCGUUGUCUUGCCAAAGCCUAAAGUUGAGGAUGAAGCGAACGAUGAAGAUGAGGAAUUUCCUUGGUGUACAGUGUGUAAUGACAAUGCGACAAAGCGGUGUCUCGAUUGUGAUGAAUUAUUUUGUGAAGCAUGUGUAAGAAAGAUUCAUCGGCAAUCUUCGUACAAAAAACACGAAUUGGAAUCUUAUCGACCCUCGGCAAAAGCGAGGAAAAAAUAUAAUUAUUAA